UUUAAACAAACAUUUCAUUUCUGAGGGUCUCUCUAUCGAUCUUUAAAAGUAAAGGAAUACUGAAAUACUCCCUCAGGACAUGAGAGUCUCGCUCAACUUGUUCGUUGUCUAUGUGGUUCUUCCCCUUGAACAAAUUUCAUCCUGCCCAGAUGAUCAAUGCCGUAUCUUAGCAUUUCCAUCCUCUCUGUUUUUUGUCGGAGAACGUCUUGUUAACCACACCAUGGCAAACAUCAGUGUGAUUGACAGGGAUGCGUGUGAAUAUCGUUGUUACCUGAAUCAUGACUGUGUCAGCAUUAACUUUUAUUUUGGACAAAAUGAAGCAGGAACAGACAACUGUGAAAUGAACAACGCAACGGCCAAAGAGUACGACGAUGAUCUGGUGAAAGCAGCGAACUACGUAUAUCAUGGAACGAAGAAUUAUUGUGCUGGAUCUCCAUGCAAGAACAAAGCCACCUGCCAGUCAGGAUUUACAAGAAAACGAUAUCGAUGUCUAUGUACUUUUGGAUUCACGGGCCAAGAUUGUGAAAAAGACAUUGAUGUGUGUUCUAAAAACGCCCAUAACUGCACUGAUAGAAAUGUAAUUUGCCAAAAUACCGAGGGCUCUUUUAAGUGCAUUUGUAAACCUGGCUUCAGUCGGAAAAAGCAGGAGUGCACAGACAUCGAUGAAUGUGCUCUAAAGACCCACAGCUGCAGCAAGGACAAUGCUAUUUGUUCAAACACCGUGGGAUCGUUUAAUUGCUCUUGUAAUCCUGGAUUCACUGGAGAUGGAUACAAAUGCACGGACAUCGAUGAAUGUGCCUUAAGGACCCACAACUGUAACAAGGACAAUGCCACAUGUGCAAACACCGUGGGAUCGUUUAAAUGCUCUUGCAAUUCUGGAUUCACUGGAGAUGGACACAAAUGCAAGGACACUGACGAAUGUAAUGCCUCCGUCUAUGCUUGUGAUGAGAACGCCGACUGCGAAAACAUUAUGGGAUCGUAUCGUUGUUUUUGCAAAACCGGUUUUUCUGGAGAUGGUCAUACUUGCACAGAUAUUGAUGAAUGUGUCAGCGGUGAACACGACUGCAAUGUUUCAGCCACAUGUGUUAACACUGAAGGAUCUUUCAUCUGUUCCUGUAACCAGCUGUACGUAGGGGAUGGAAGAUCUUGCGUGACUCUCCCAUCAGAAUGUCAAAAUUAUGAAGGUCUGAUGGGGAUAAGCAGAAGGAUAACCUAUGUUAAUCGAAACAAGCUUUGUGACAGCAGACUUCAUGGUUGGUAUCGUUUUGAAGGAGCAGCAGGUACAACAAUGCCUACUUCAUGUCCGCCUAAACACCGAUGUAACACUCACGCACCUGGCUGGCUAAAUGGUGCGCAUCCCACAGAGAUUGAUGGUCGGGUCACCAGAACGGUUUGCUUCCACUGGAAAUCAAACUGCUGCUACUUUUCAAGUUCAAUUAAAGUAAGAAACUGCGGCGGUUACUAUGUUUACUACAUAAAUGGCACACCCCAAUGUUUCCUCCGCUAUUGCGGCACAGACUAAAUGGAUGCUGGUUCAGAAUUCAGUCUUUCCAUUAAAAAUGAUUACACUAUACCGUCAUUUGUAAGCGAGUUAUGAUCGGUCAUAAUGUUAUGGAUAGUAGAAAAGUAUCUCUUUCUGGUAAUUUCUAGAAUGCCUACAAUCAGCGUCCAAAUUAGUUGAUACAUCAUAUUUGAAGAGUUCUUUUUAUGUAAAGAAGAACAGUCCUGUUCCUACCACACUCUAAGUCGUCAAUGGACCUCCCACCGGCCAAUCAAUUUUGGCUGAAAGUUCAUGGAAUCACGAUACAACAUUGUGUUUUUGGGAGUAGGGGUCGAAAUGGUUAACUAAGCGAGGGCAAAGAGGAUAACACUGAAGUGAUUGGGGGUUGAAAAGAUCAUUGUGUCAACAACUUUGUAGUCCAUUGUAGUCACGGUGACAGGGAUAUUUUAACUUUGUGAUGUUGUACCGUGGAAAUUUCUAGAACGUUCAAUUAGGUGAUGUAAUUAUGCCGUAGUUCUAGAAUACGUUGUUAAUAUAUGUAAGGAAGAACUCGGUCAUCUAGGAGUACAAUGUAAUAGUAAAAAUGUGUCAAAGGGAUGGCUUUCUGGGUCUUUCAGGAAUAAUGUCAUAUAGGCAGGGCAGAUACCAGACGAAUAUUCUAAAGAUAACGUUUUUACAGAAUAUCAUCAGCAAGUUUUGUAACAGAGCAAGGUUGUAGAGUGACAUAAAAUGCUUUGAAGGGUGAGGUCUUAAAUUAUUAGAAACUGGCGUUUUGGUAUAUACAUAACACCUGGCCGGGCAUAAUGUUAUCAUGGUGUACUUUAUCAUGAUAAUGGGAGUUUCGUCUGAACCACCAAAAAUAAAGUCAACUAUAUGAUGCCAGCUCAACUAAAGUGAGCAUUCACUUCAGAAUGAAGGUAUUUGAAACUCAAGUUUACAAAGUGGCUAUUAUAUGAAUGACAAGACUGUUUAAUGUUUUUUGUAAAACGACUUUCAAAAUGUGCAUUGAGAAUUGUAUUUCAAAGAUCAGUAUGCAAAAUUCAGGACUUCAGGAUGACACGUAGAACAUUUUUUUUCUCUUUUAACGAUUUAACAAGAGACCCAACGCGGGGUAGCUUUGACGCGUUUAAUUUUUCCGAUUUUUGAUGACUGACGGUUAACAUUCACACAUUAGCUAGUCCAAAACCUACCUGCUUACUUGCAGUCACUACAUUUCUGACGUAGUGAUUUCAUUGAUCUGAUCUGAUUCAUUAUGGUGGGUAGAUAAAGUUAUUAAAUGGUGCGUAAAGUAAACAUUCGA